GCUAACUGUCGCACUUUACACAAUACAUGUACUGUACUGACGAAAAUAGAGAACUUCUGAACUAUCUGUACUGCCAGUUAGCUAGCAGGCUCGGUAACGGAGUAUUAAAACGAUUAAGAUGUCGUUAUUAUGUCUGUAGGAGACCUUAAUGUGAAGCGACAGCUUCCGGUGUUGUAAUGACCAGAGGAUGGACUUUAACAGGACUGUUCUGGUGACUGGAGGCUCUGGAUUCAUUGGCUCCCAUCUUGUGUGUUCACUGGUCUACAGACACCCUGACUGGAGAAUUAUUAACCUGGAUAAUCUGGAUUACUGCUGCAGCACCAGGAGCCUGGAGAGUGUUGAAGACAGAGCAAACUACACCUUUAUCAGGGGGGAUGUGUGUAACUCACGGCUGGUAAAUCACAUUUUCAGCACAGAAAACAUUGAUGUGAUCUUUCACCUAGCGGCCAAAACACACGUCGAGUCGUCGUUUGAAACUCCAUCUAGUUUCCAGCGUGUUAACAUUGAUGGAACCAGAGUUUUACUGGGAGCCGCUCAUCAGGCCCGACACCAGCCACAACGCUUCAUCUAUGUCAGCACCGAUGAAGUGUACGGAGCCAGUCUGGACGAGGUGUUUGAUGAGAGCAGUCCAUUGAGGCCCUCCAACCCAUAUUCUGCCACUAAAGCCGCUGCAGAGUUCCUGGUUAGAUCCUACUGGGACAAAUAUAAGUUUCCCAUCAUCAUUACCAGGAGCAACAACAUCUACGGGCCCAGGCAGUACACUGAGAAGGUCAUUCCAAGGUUUCUCACCCUCUUGCAAAUGAACAAGAGAUGCACCAUCCAGGGAACCCUCCCUAAAUCCCGCCAUUUCCUGUUUGUCGACGACGCCAUCAACGCCUUCCGGCUGGUUCUGGAGAAAGGGAUUGUGGGAGAAAUCUACAACGUGGGAACAAGCUGUGAGAUUCCCAUCAUGCAACUGGCCAGGGAACUUGUGAAGAUGGUCAAGAACGUGCCAGACUCCGAGGUGAAUGAUUGGCUCGAGUUUGUGCCUGACAGGCCGCAAGUCGACCUGCGCUACCCCAUCACAUGUGAGAAGCUGCAGCAGCUGGGCUGGAGAGCUGACGUGUCCUGGGCUGAAGGCAUCAGGCAGACUGUCAAAUGGUACCAAGACAACCCAGACUUCUGGUCGGACGCAAGCGAGGACCAAGGACAAAUCAGAGUGCAGCUUGAAAAAGCUACCAACAAAUAAGUGGGCUCAGCUGUGCCCUGAUGCUUGACUGACAGGAGUGAACUAAGACACGGAGCAGUGACAUUUUUCUACAAAUAUAAAUGAUUUCACAAUAUUUGUGUAACAGAGAGGCUAUUAUGGCUGAUUUACAACGCAAACGUCAGUCUCACUGUACAGAAUACUUUAUUAUUCUCAAUUGACUUUAAAUGAUUGUUGGACCAAUAACAAGGCAGCAGGAAGGCAGAGCCUCCCUUCAACCAAAGUUUCACCUGAAAAUGAAUGCACUUUAUCUUGAUAUUAAAUACUGAUUCAUCUGC